AUGUCCCUAACAUCCUCCUCUCCGCUCACCUGCGCCCAGUCCGCCUCUCUAGCCAGCCACACGCUUUGCAUUCUCCCCCUGUCAUCCCGAAAUGCCGCCCUCACAGCCAUCCACACUGCCCUGCAGGAAAACAAAUCCGUGAUCCUAGCCGCCAACGCCACAGACAUGACCUUGGCGCACCAGGCCUCAGCAAACGGCCAACUCAGCCAGAGCGUUCUCAAACGUCUGGACCUCUCCCGACCAGGCAAGUACGAGGACAUGCUGAAAGGGAUACUGGACGUGCGCGACCUCCCCGAUCCCAUAGGGAGAGUCGACCUCCGCACGAAACUCGACGAGGGCCUCGAGCUCGAGCGCGUCUCGUGCCCGAUCGGCGUGCUGCUGAUCAUCUUCGAGGCGCGGCCCGAAGUCAUCGCCAACAUCUCCGCCCUGGCGAUCAAGUCCGGCAACGCGGCGAUCCUAAAGGGCGGCAAGGAAUCGAGCCACUCAUUCGAGGCCAUCGCGCGCGUCAUCUCCCACGCCCUGGCCGGCACGGAGGUCCCGAGCGACGCCAUCCAGCUCGUCAAGACGCGCGACGUGAUUGACGACCUGCUGUCCCUGGACCGGUACAUCGACCUGGUGAUCCCGCGAGGUGGGAACGAACUCGUCCGCUACGUGAAAGACCACACCAAGAUUCCCGUGCUAGGCCACGCCGACGGCCUGUGUUCCGUGUACUUGCACAAGGACGCCGCUGAUAUCAAGACGAUGGCCGUCAACGUGGUCAUGGAUUCCAAGUGCGACUACCCCGCGGCGUGCAACGCGGCGGAGACGCUCCUCGUGCACGAAUCCGUGCUGACGACUGUCUUGCCGGACGUGGCCGCCGCGCUGCUGGACAAGGGGGUGAGCCUGCGGUGUGAUGUAAAGUCCAAGGCCGCGUUGGGCGAAUGCCUGACCAAGAGCCAGGCCGCGCUGCUCCAAGAUGCCCGUGCCGAGGACUACGACACGGAGUUCCUCGACUUGAUCAUCGCCGUCAAGACUGUGCCUGGCGAGCAUGACGAGGCUGGGCAGUCGCAAGCGCUCGCGACGAACGGGCAUGUGGCGUCGUCAGAAGAAGGCUCGUCAGACGCACGCGACGCGCACGACCCCUCGCUCCUGGCCGCCAUAGCGCACAUCAACGCCCACUCCAGCCACCAUACCGACUGCAUCGUGACGGCGUCGGCGUCGGCGGCGGAAAAGUUCCUCUCAGCGGUGGACUCGGCGGGCGUGUACUGGAACGCGUCGACGCGGUUCGCGGACGGGAUGCGCUACGGGUUCGGCACCGAGGUCGGGAUUUCGACGAACAAGAUCCAUAGUAGGGGACCCGUGGGGCUGGAGGGGUUGACGAUUUACAAGUACAAGCUGAGGGGCAAGGGGCAUGGCGCGGGGGAGUACGGCGAUGGGGAGGGGAAGAGGAGGUAUCUGCAUGAGAAACUGGAGGUUUAG